UAUCCGAUAGAGCAAAAAAAAAUUGGGCCAAUAAGCAGGAUACAGCUUUCUUUCUUUAUUGACGCCCUUUGUGUAUAGUAUGGAUCAACUCUCAUUAGCAACACAAAAGUUCAUUGCUGGAUAUAAAGAAAACACACCCAACCAGCUCAAGUUGGUUGAUAUAUACCUUGUUUAUAUCCUUUUUACUGGUAUCUUUCAGUUUAUUUAUAUGGCCUUGGUGGGUACCUUUCCUUACAAUGCCUUCCUUGGUGGCUUCAUCUCAACUGUAGGCAGUUUUGUUCUUGCUGCCAAUUUGAGAAUUCAGACCAAUACAGAAAACAAAGCGUCUUUCAAGACUAUUUCACCAGAAAGAGCUUUUGCUGAUUUUGUUGUUUGCUCUAUUCUUCUUCAUCUGUUUUGUAUCAACUUUUUGGGUUAAUAAAACUACAUUUUUGCCAAGCAAA